AAAUAGGUUGGUGUGUUCCCGGGGGGGGUGGCGGGAGCGAGCGCGCAUGUGAGGAGGUGCGGGGCGGGAGGGACUGGCUGCGCCGGAGCCCGGCUCGUCCUCCCUUUCUCUCUCUCAGCAUCCUCCGGUGCUCCUGGAGGUGAUACAGGCACAGCAGCAUCCAUGGCCUGCCCCUAGCCUCCGCGCUCGGGUUUUUCCCCUCCGCGUUAUUCCGGCAGCUGAGCGGGAUCGGAGGCGGUUGGUGGAAGGGCUCCCGUUCAGCAUCUGGUAACCGGGAUUGUAUUCUCCUGUAUUUUUCCAGGCUCCUUGGAAAUUGAGGAAUGAAAUUCUGCCACCAUGAUGGAAGGAUUGAAAAAACGUACAAGGAAGGCCUUUGGUAUACGGAAGAAAGAAAAGGAUACCGAUUCCACAGGGUCACCAGACAGGGAUGGCAUUAAGAAAGCAAAUGGAGCCCCGAAUGGAUUCUAUGCAGAGAUCGACUGGGACAGAUAUAACUCACCUGAGCUUGAUGAGGAAGGAUACAGCAUCCGACCGGAGGAACCCGGCUCUACCAAAGGAAAGCACUUCUACUCCUCGAGUGAAUCUGAGGAGGAAGAGGAGGCGCACAAGAAGUUCAACAUCAAGAUCAAGCCUUUGCAGGCUAAAGACAUCCUGAAGAGCGCGGCCACGGUGGACGAGCUGAAGGCAUCAAUAGGCAACAUUGCACUUUCUCCAUCCCCCGUGAGGAGAAGUCCGGUAAGAAACACAGGGACGAUUAAAAGGAAUUUAUCCAAUGAGGAGAUCACGCGGCCCCGGCGCUCCACACCAACGCCAGACCCUGCCAGCAAGAAACCCGUGGAGGAUCCGGCUGCGCUGGCACCGCUCUUCGGGCCCCCGCUGGAGUCGGCGUUUGAGGAGCAGAAGCUGGACGCCACUAUAGACCAGCCUGAGAUAUGGGGUUCGGUCCAGCCCGUCAACACAAGCAUAGAGUCCCCAAAGCUACCGAGACCUUUUCCAACUGGAACACCUCCACCACUCCCGCCGAAAAACAUCCCGGCCACGCCGCCACGCACCGGCUCUCCUCUGACAGUGGGAAUAGGAGGGGACCAGACAGCAGCAGAGCUCAAGGGUGACAAACUCCCGUCCAUCAAUGACUUGGACAGCAUCUUUGGCCCCGUGCUCUCCCCCAGGUCUGCUGCUGUUAACGCAGGAGACAAGUGGGUCAAUUUUUCCGAUCAAUCCCCGGAAAGCGCGACUCCGGAGCGGACGCCCCGGGACAAAGCGGGGUCCCCAGCAGCGGGCAGCCCGGCCGGUGCCCCGGCAGCCGAGCCCUCGCGCCCGCUCCCCUCGCCGCUCCACCUGGAAGAGGUUCCCAAGAAGGCCUCGGAGCACCUUAAGGAGGAUAACUUGGAGCCGGUCGCCUCGCCCAAAGAUUUUGGGCUGGGACAAAGAGCGACCCCGCCUCCCCCUCCGCCUCCCACCUACCGCACGGUGGUCUCCUCACCCGGACCGGGCGGCAGCAGCGGCACGGGCAGCACCAGCGGGUCCUCAUCCCCGGCUCGCCCCGGCACGCCGCUGGCUACCUGCAGCACCCCGCCACCGCCACCACCCCGGCCCCCAUCCCGGCCCAAGCUGCCCCCCGGCAAGCCCGCUGUGGCUGAUGUGUCCAGGCCUUUCAGCCCUCCUAUUCACUCCUCCAGCCCUCCUCCGAUAGCACCUUUAGCCCGGGCUGAAAGUACUUCUUCCAUAUCUUCCACCAAUUCCCUGAGUGCAGCCACCACUCCCACCGUUGAGAAUGAACAGCCUUCCCUCGUUUGGUUUGACAGAGGAAAGUUUUAUUUGACUUUCGAAGGCUCAUCACGGGGCCCGAGCCCCCUGACCAUGGGGGCACAGGACACCCUGCCCGUCGCUGCUGCCUUCACGGAAACGGUCAAUGCGUACUUCAAAGGGGCUGACCCAAGCAAGUGUAUUGUGAAGAUCACGGGGGAGAUGGUGCUGUCGUUUCCCGCGGGCAUCACCCGACACUUUGCCAACAACCCCGCUCCAGCGGUGCUCACCUUCCGCGUGCUGAACUACAACAGGCUGGAGCACGUCCUGCCAAACCCCCAGCUCCUCUGCUGUGACAACAUCCAGAGCGACACCAACACAAAGGAGUUCUGGGUCAACAUGCCAAAUCUGAUGACUCACCUAAAGAAGGUAUCGGAACAGAAACCACAAGCCACCUAUUACAAUGUGGAUAUGCUCAAGUACCAGGUGUCUGCCCAGGGUAUUCAGUCUACUCCAUUAAACCUUGCAGUGAGCUGGCGCUGUGACCCUGCAAGCACUGACCUCCGCAUCGACUACAAAUACAAUACAGAGGCAAUGACCACACCGGUAGCUCUAAACAACGUCCAGUUCCUCGUGCCCGUCGAUGGAGGAGUAACCAAACUUCAAGCUGUGCUUCCUCCUGCUGUGUGGAAUGCUGAUCAGCAAAGGAUAUUGUGGAAGAUCCCUGAUAUCUCUCAGAAGUCAGAAAACGGAGGCGUGGGGUCUCUGCUGGCCCGGUUCCAGCUCUCGGAGGGGCCCAGCACCCCGGCCCCCCUGGCUGUGCAGUUCACCAGCGAGGGGAGCACGCUGUCCAGCUGCGACAUCGAGCUCGUCGGCGCCGGCUACCGCUUCUCCCUCAUCAAGAAGAGGUUUGCGGCAGGUAAAUACUUGGCUGAUAACUGAAGGAAGCUUAUGCAAGUCUGUGGAAAAUAAUAUGGAAAAAUACCCAAGGACUGCUGUGCGUGGAACGGAUUUUAAUUACAGUUAAAGGAAAAUGAACUAAAUCCUGCACUCGGGACAUGUCUGUUGGAAGUGUCGACAACUUUCAGCAUUUUUUUUCCUUGGAAAACACCGUCUUGACCAGUCCUACAGUAUUUACUUCUAGAUGUAACAUUGUUAAUGGUUUUAAAAUGUAAUUAUUGUAUUUGUAAAUUGUACUCAUUCCAGUAAGGCUGUAUUUUGGCAGUUAGACACUUGAGUUUUAGCAUUUUACCAUUCAUGAAAUGGAUGUAAUUUAAACUGUGGUAUAUAAAUUUAAUAGUAGUACUGUUGAAUGGCACAAUGCUUACAGAGGUAGAUUACAUUUUGUCAAUAUAUACGAUUUAAAUACAAUACUGAUAGCUGUUACGAAGGGGGUGCCUCAUCAAAAGAGAGUUAAGUACAACUGACAUGCUGAUUUCUUUUUACUUCAGUCCUUGGUAUGUCUCACGGUGGUGAAUAAAAAGCUGUACCUUCAGGUUUA